AUGCAUCUCAGCUCUGCUUUUGUCGUGUGUGUCUUUUUCUUCACCAGGCUUGCAAACUCUAUGCCAGUGGAUGAUCACACAGAAACCCCUCUUUUCCCGCACAACCUCGCUCGGUCUUUGAAACAACAAGAGCCAGGUACACCUGGAAAGCUAUCCAACACAGGUCCUUCAAUUUCACCCGACACCAACCCAUCAUAUUGGGCAGAAUUCAACGCAAAGACCAAACCUUCGCAACCUAUCAGAGGCACCAAACUUGGCGCUACCAUCCUUGGACCCACCAAUCUUAAUAAUCAAAACCAGAAUGCCGACUCACUUGCUCCACCCUCGACCGACCACGGGACUGUACCUUCGUCGAAAUGGCCCUUUUCUAGCAGUCACAAUCGACUAUCGGAGGGAGGAUGGGCCCGACAGCAGACAAUGGCAGUUCUGCCAACCGCAACCCAAAUGGCCGGAGUCAACAUGAGACUAGAGGCUGGUGCGAUUAGAGAAUUGCACUGGCAUAGUGCGAGUGAAUGGGCGUACAUCAUCGCAGGCUCAGCCGAAAUCACGGCCGUCGAUGCACAAGGACGUAAUUUUAUUGAUACUGUAGAAGCUGGAGACAAAUAUUUCCCAUCCGGUGACCCUCAUUCGAUCCAAGCAGGAGCAAAUGGGACAGAGUUCGUACUGGUAUUUGAUAAUGGGUCAUUUGAUGAAGAUUCCACCUUCCUCUUGACCGAUUGGCUCUCACACACCCCCAAAGGAGUCAUUAACAAAAACUUUGGUUUCCCUGCGAAUGACAAGGCUUUCGACGACUUGCCUUCAGGAAACGGUUUAUACAUCUUCAAUGCCGAAGUACCAACUCCCGAAGACUCUAAACUACCAGAGGAUCCCUAUGGUCAAAUCCCAGAGCCUUUCUCUUAUCAUUUCAGCCAGCAGAGUUUUACAGAAGAAAACGAUGGUGGAUGGGUUAAGAUCGCCGACUCUACAAACUUCAAAGCAAGUAAGACUAUUGCAUCUGCUGAAGUAAUGCUCAAGCCUGGAUCUAUUCGAGAGAUGCACUGGCAUCCAACCUCAGACGAAUGGUCUUUGAUCCUUUCUGGAGAAACCAGAGUAACCAUCUUUGCCGCAAGUGGGAAUGCGGCUACUUAUAAUCUACAAGCAGGAGAUGUUGGAUAUAUCCAUGAACAAAACGGACAUUACGUGGAGUGUAUCUCAACUGAACCCUGUCAUUUCUUGGAAGUGUUGAAAGCACCAAAGUUCGAAGAUGUAGCUCUGGCUCAAUGGCUAGCAGUUAUUCCACCUAAAUUGGUUCAAGAUCAUUUGAGGGUUUCUAAGGAGACUGUCAACUCUUUUCGUAAGAAGAAAGAGGCUGUGAGAUUUGGAUCACUAUCCAAUGAGAAUUAG